AUGCAAUAUGCUAAUGGUUGUUAUUUACAAAAUUAUCUUAAAAAUAAUUUUAAUAAUUUAAAUUGGAAUGAUAAAAACAAAUUGGCAUUUCAAAUUGCAAAUGGAUUAAAUUACUUACAUAAUGAAGAUGUUUUACAUAGAGAUCUUCAUUCUAAAAAUAUACUUAUUCAUAAUAAUGAUGCUAAAAUUUCAGAUUUUGGUAUUUCAAAAGUUGGAAAUAGUUCUACUAGACAUAUUGGACCUUGUGAUAAAACUGCUUACAUAAAUCCACAAAUACUUAAAAAUCCUAACUUUCAAUAUAUUAAGCCUUCAGAUAUUUAUAGUUUUAGAAUUCUAAUGUGGGAAAUUUCUAGUGGAUAUUUUCUAUUUAAAGCUUUAAAUGAUACUACUAUUUGUGUUGCUAUUGUUAAUAAUAAUGCUCGUAAAAUUACUAUACCAGAUACUCCUAAGAAUUAUGAAAAACUAUAUAAAAAAUGUUGGGAUCAAGAACCUAAGCAAAGACCUACUAUUACAGAAAUAUUGGUUGAAUUCUCAAGGAUGAGUUUUAUUAAUAAACCGAUUAAAGGUAGAUAUAUUAAAGUAAUAAUUAUUGAUUUUUUAUAA